AAAUGCCCCUCUUGCUGUGUGCAGGAGACGCGAAGCCUGGCGCUGGGACCGGCCCGCGAUGCCGUGACUUCCCGCUCCGGCCUCUCUGCACGGACGGCGCUCGCCCCUCGGAGCCCGACCAGGGCAGCCCUCUCCUCAGGCCGCCGCAGACGCAGCGCCCGGUUAAGGGCGAGCGGACCCCGUCCGGUCGGAGAAGCCCCCGGGGGAGGGGCAGCUGCUGCUGGGUGCCCGGCUGCCGGGCUCGGGGCGCGGAGCGAUGGCGGCGCGGGGAGCCAGGCGGCUCCUUGGCUCCCUGUGGAUCGCCCUGCUCCUAGGGCAGCCGGACCCGGCCGGCGCCGCCGCCAGGAGCAGCUCGCAGAGCCCUGCAGGGUCCACCGUGAGAACCUUCACUCCGUUUUAUUUUCUUGUGGAGCCAGUGGACACGUUAUCAGUUCGAGGGGCUUUUAUCAUACUGAACUGUUCAGCUUACUGUGAGCCUUCUCCAAAAAUAGAAUGGAAGAAAGAUGGGACUUUCCUAAAUUUGGUGUCAGAUGACCGGCGCCAGCUGCUGCCAAAUGGAUCUUUAUUAAUAAACAGUGUGGUGCAUUCCAAACACAAUAAACCUGACGAAGGAUAUUAUCAAUGUGUGGCAACUGUGGAAAGCCUUGGGACCAUUGUAAGCAGAACAGCAAAGCUUACAGUAGCAGGACUUCCAAGAUUCACUAGCCAGCCAGAAUCAACAUCUGUCUAUAGAGGAAACAGCGUAAUUCUGAACUGCGAGGUCAAUGCUGAUCUGGUACCGUUUGUGAGGUGGGAGCAGGAUCGUCAGCCACUCUUUUUGGAUGACCGUGUAUUCACAUUACCAAGUGGAGCUCUAAUCAUUAGCAAUGUUACAGAUGGGGAUGGAGGACUCUAUCGCUGCGUCAUUGAAAGUGGUGGGUCGCCCAAAUACAGUGAUGAAGCAGAGCUUAAAAUUCUUCCAGAUCCAGAGGUUCCGUUAAACCUGGUGUUUCUGAGGCAACCUUCUUCACUUACCAAAGUUACUGGGCAAAGUGCAGUUUUCCCAUGUGUCACUGCAGGAUUUCCAACUCCAGUUGUCAGGUGGAUGAAAAACGAAGAAGAACUUACCAUAGAAGGCUCUGAAAAAUUUCUAUUACUGGCGGGAGGGAGCCUGGAGAUCAGUGAUAUCACAGAAGAUGAUGCUGGGACAUAUGCCUGCAUUGUGGAUAAUGGGAAUGAGACAAUUGAAGCUCAAGCAGAUCUUACAGUUCAAGCUCCACCUGAAUUUCUGAAGCAGCCUGAUAAUAUUUAUGCUCAUGAAUCUAUGGAUAUUGUCUUUGAGUGUGAAGUGACUGGAAAACCAACUCCAACAGUGAAAUGGAUCAAGAAUGGAGAUAUGGUGAUCCCUAGUGACUACUUCAAAAUUGUAAAGGAGCAUAACCUGCAGGUUUUGGGUCUUGUGAAAUCAGAUGAAGGAUUCUAUCAAUGCAUUGCAGAAAAUGAUGUUGGAAAUGCACAGGCUGGAGCCCAGCUGAUAAUACUUGAACAUGAUGUUGCCAUCCCAACAUUACCUCCCACUUCACUGACCAGUGCCACUACUGACCAUCUAGCACCAGCUACAACUGGACCAUUGCCUUCAGCUCCUCGGGAUGUCGUGGCCUCCCUCGUCUCUACUCGCUUCAUCAAACUGACGUGGCGGACACCAGCAUCAGAUCCUCAUGGAGACAAUCUCACCUAUACAGUAUUCUACACCAAGGAAGGUAUAAACAGGGAACGUGUUGAAAAUACAAGUCGUCCUGGAGAGAUGCAAGUGACAAUCCAAAACCUGAUGCCAGAGACCGUGUAUGUUUUCAGGGUUGUGGCUCAAAACAAACAUGGCCCUGGAGAGAGCUCAGUACCACUGAAGGUGGCGACUCAGCCUGAAGUUCAACUUCCUGGUCCAGCACCAAACAUUCGAGCAUAUGCUAAUUCACCUACUUCAAUCACUGUCACAUGGGACACACCGUUGUCGGGCAAUGGUGAAAUCCAGAACUACAAGCUCUAUUACAUGGAAAAGGGGACAGAUAAUGAACAGGAUGUUGAUGUUGGAGGUCACUCCUACACCAUUAAUGGAUUAAAGAAAUAUACCGAGUACAGCUUCCGAGUGGUAGCCUACAAUAAACACGGUCCUGGAGUCUCUACCCAAGAUGUUGUUGUGCAAACUCUGUCAGAUGUCCCCAGUGCUGCACCUCAGAAUCUGUCGCUGGAAGUGCGGAAUUCCAAGAGCAUCAUGAUACAUUGGCAACUCCCUCCUGCAGGAACCCACAACGGUCUAAUCACCGGCUACAAAAUUCGCUACCGUAAAGCAUCUCGUAAGAGUGAGGUAACCGAGAGCAUUGGUGGGACGCAACUUUUCCAGCUAAUCGAAGGUCUUGAGCGAGGUACAGAAUACAGUUUCCGUGUGGCUGCCUUAACAAGCAAUGGUACAGGACCAGCUACUGAUUGGAUAUCCGCUGAAACUUUUGAGAGUGACCUAGAUGAAACUCAUGUUCCUGAAGUUCCAAGCUCCCUACAUGUUCGCCCACUUGUUACAAGUAUUGUAGUGAGCUGGACUCCUCCUGAAAACCAGAACAUUGUGGUAAGAGGAUAUGCUAUAGGGUAUGGCAUUGGCAGUCCUCAUGCACAGACUAUCAAAGUGGACUACAAACAACGCUAUUACACCAUUGAGAAUUUGGAUCCAAGUUCCCACUAUGUCAUAACUCUGAAAGCAUUUAACAAUGUUGGUGAAGGAAUCCCACUCUAUGAAAGUGCAGUGACCAGGCCUCAUACAGACACUUCUGAAGUUGAUUUAUUUGUUAUUAAUGCUCCAUACACUCCAGUGCCAGAUCCCUCCCCCAUGAUGCCACCGGUGGGAGUUCAGGCUUCCAUUCUGAGCCAUGACACCAUAAGGAUCACUUGGGCAGACAACUCUCUGCCGAAAAAUCAGAAGAUCACAGAUGCUCGCUACUACACGGUCCGCUGGAAAACAAACAUUCCUGCAAACACGAAGUACAAGACUGCAAACACAACCACCUUGAGCUAUUUAGUGACCAGUUUAAAACCAAACACCCUGUAUGAAUUCUCUGUGAUGGUGACUAAAGGUCGAAGAUCAAGUACUUGGAGUAUGACAGCUCAUGGGACUACCUUUGAAUUAGUUCCUACGUCUCCACCAAAAGAUGUGACUGUGGUGAGCAAAGAGGGAAAACCUAGGACAAUAAUUGUAAACUGGCAGCCUCCAUCUGAAGCCAAUGGCAAAAUUACAGGAUACAUCAUUUACUACAGCACAGAUGUGAAUGCUGAGAUACAUGAUUGGGUCAUUGAGCCUGUGGUGGGAAACAGAUUGACACACCAGAUCCAAGAGUUAACCCUUGAUACGCCAUAUUAUUUCAAAAUCCAGGCCCGCAACUCAAAGGGCAUGGGGCCUAUGUCGGAGGCAGUACAGUUCAGAACACCCAAAGCUGACUCCUCAGAUAAAAUGCCUAAUGAUCAAGCAUUAGGGUCUUCAGGAAAAGGAAGUCGGCCAUUGGAUAUAGGACCUGACUACAAACCACCCAUGAGUGGCAGUAACAGUCCUCAUGGAAGCCCCACAUCCCCCCUGGAUAGCAACAUGCUUCUAGUCAUAAUAGUAUCUGUUGGAGUGAUCACCAUUGUGAUAGUGGUGAUUGUUGCUGUCUUCUGCACUCGUCGCACCACCUCUCACCAGAAAAAGAAACGGGCUGCCUGCAAAUCAGUGAAUGGAUCCCAUAAAUACAAAGGAAAUUCCAAGGAUGUCAAACCCCCUGACCUUUGGAUCCAUCAUGAGAGACUGGAGCUGAAACCCAUUGAUAAAUCUCCAGACCCUAACCCCAUCAUGACAGACACCCCAAUCCCUCGCAACUCCCAGGACAUCACACCAGUUGACAAUUCCAUGGAUAGCAAUAUCCAUCAAAGGCGCAACUCAUACAGGGGGCAUGAGUCAGAGGACAGCAUGUCCACAUUGGCAGGAAGAAGAGGGAUGAGGCCAAAAAUGAUGAUGCCAUUUGAUUCUCAGCCCCCGCAGCCUGUGAUUAGCGCUCAUCCCAUCCAUUCACUCGAUAACCCUCACCAUCAUUUCCACUCCGGCAGCCUCGCUUCUCCAACUCGCAGCUAUCUCCAUCAUCAGGUCAACCCUUGGCCGAUUGGCACAUCCAUGUCCCAUUCAGACAGGGCCAAUUCCACAGAAUCUGUUCGAAAUACACCAAGCACAGACACCAUGCCGGCUUCCUCAUCUCAGACAUGUUGUGCUGACCAUCAAGAGCCAGAAAGUGCCACAGCAUCUUAUCUGGCCAACGCACAGGAGGAGGAUUCAGGUCAAAGUCUCCCUACUGCCCACGUCCGUCCCUCUCACCCUCUGAAGAGCUUUGCAGUGCCAGCAGUUCCACCCACAGGUUCCACAUAUGACCCAGCGUUGCCAAGCACACCAUUAUUGACGCAGCAAGCUUCUAACCAUCCAGUUCACUCGGUGAAGACUGCAUCGAUCGGGACAUUAGGGAGAACUCGACCGCCUAUGCCAGUGGUAGCGCCCAGCGCCCCCGAUGUGCAGGAGACCACCAGGAUGCUUGAGGAUUCAGAAAGUAACUAUGAACCGGAUGAGCUGACCAAAGAGAUGGCCCACCUGGAAGGACUGAUGAAGGACCUUAAUGCCAUCACUACAGCAUGAACACCUUCACCAGGACAUGACUCCAAAUCCAGUUUCACAAGUCUUGGAACUCAGCCUUGGAACACAAGGAAUUGUAAAGAGAAAGAGAGGGACAGCACACGAGAGCAGAUGUAGAAAGCAAACAAACCAACUGGUGCAUUAAUGCUAAUGCUGGUUAAAAAGAUGACUUUUCUCCUCCUUGUCCUGAAACAAAGUCAUUGCCAAGUUGAAGUCUUGUUUGCCUGCUGAGACCAUGCAGGAUGGGACACUUCAGGUGAAAUCUAGUGUCCAAGCAAGGGGCGGGGGGGGAAAUCAAAUGGACUUUACAUUCUUUUUCUGGUCAGGUUUUGUCUCAGUGGUGUGAUUGCCCUGCCUUUUCAGUGUUGGACAUUCGCAUUUAUGUACAAGUUUAUUUGUGUGUUUUUAUUUUAUUUUAUCUUUUUUUAUAAAAAGGAAAAAAAAUGUAAUCUGAAAAAAAAAGAAAAACCUUGUUGUUUUCCACAGCCUAGACUGACGUUUGACUGCUUGUUCUAUUGUGUAUGGAAAUUCAUUGCCAGUGUGGGGUAUUCUGUUUUGGUUUUUUUUUAUUCUGCAUAUAAUUACAUCCCCUUCCAGCAGUUAAUCCAUGGCCAUUUGGGAUGCUGCAUUGCUAUUUGUAAGCUCUUUCAUUAUUUUUAUAUUAUAAUUAUUAAAAGCCUGACUUUCUCCUCUCAUCGCUGUGAGAUUACAAAUCUGUUUGAAUUGAAAUGUAACAUUGAAAGACUUGUUUGUCACUUUUUGUGCAGUUUCAAUACUUUGAGGGGGGGGGAGUUAAUGGGGAAGGGGGAGGGGAUCCAGGGACUAUUGGGAGGUUUCCUUAUUGUGGUUUUCCAGUCUUCAUUUGUUCACUAAAAGACUGAAGAAAAUGAAAUCAUCUUCUGUUAUGUCCUUUCUUGUAACUUAAUUAUAUCUCUGGUUAUUAAAUUGCAGUGGGAGUCAUUUAGAACCAUUUUUUAAAAGUUCCUCUUAUACAGUUGGAUUCCGUAUGUACAGAUGACAUCACCAUUUCUUUUGGCAACAGUGCUUGGAUUUAUUGUUAGCUAUAAUUUUAAAGAUCCUACAGGUCUUAAAACUUCUAAGUGCAAAUUGAGCAUUAUUGCAGCUCUCAUAGAGCAGUCAGCAGUGCACAGUUUUCACAACACCUCUCCACUGCUAGGGUGCUUAAAUAUGCUGACGUCCUGAAGCAGAGAAAGGUGGAGCUCUUGUAAUCCAGCAGGCUAGCAUGCCUUUGGAAACAAUCAAACCCCAAUCAUAGGAUCUUUUAACUAGAGGAACCCCACCCACAGGCUCUUUCAGCUAGAUCAACCCUCCUGUAGUUUUGCUGUCCCAGGCCAUUUAAACAGUACUUUGAAAAGAAUCUUAAAUGUUCAACUACAAUCAAGGCAAAAAGUAUUUUUCUACGUAUUUAAAACCCGUUGAAAAAUCAGUGUUAAUGACUCAGAUGCUGUUCACACAUCUCUCUAGGAGUGGGAGGGAAGUUAAAAGGGAAUUCCUGCAUGAGGAGAAAGUAGUAGGGGGAGGCAAGUGAAGUGUCUUUCCUCGCACACUUGUUGCCAUGUGGUACACCAGCAUUCUUGGCUGUGCCACACUCGGCAAUGGUGACUGGCCUGAAGGGUAGUGUUUGAUGAAAUCGCAGCUUCCCAUGGAACUCACAUACACAUUUUUUUGAACAAAGGAAAACAAGAACUUACUGAUGGCUUUUUUAUGGCAAAUCUAUUCUGCCAAAGCAGGUUAAUGAUGGGUAAAUAGCACUUCCAGUGGGCACAAACUGGCUCUUGCAACUCUCAGAAUAUUGAGCAGGAAACAUUAGGAUUUAUGUAAUAAAGAAAGCAAUAAGACUGCAUAUUCUUUUUCUUCUAUCCAUUGGAUUAAAUGACCCUCUUGGCUUAUGGUUUGGUUCCUGAUGCUGAGAAGGGACGCAAUGUAUCAUCCUGGAAAGUAGCUGGGACUUGUUUGGGAUUUGACUUCCUUUCUUUUCCUAGACUGCUUAUCUGUUGCCAUUUCUAGUGGGUUUGCUGGUAUUAUUUAUUAUUUGGGUGGGGUAUGGGGGGCAUUGGUGAAAAGUGCAACAUUUGAGCACCCCAGGCCACCUGAAAAUAGAUAUUCAGGCCUUUGUCAAUACAAUUCAGGACAAAAUAAGCUACAGAACUUGUAUUUAAUGAACAAAACACACACACUUGGAUCCACAUGUUGCUUGUAAGGGUGGUGUAUGUUUUCCUCUGACCUAUACCCAAAGAAAUGCCAUCAUAUGUAUUCAGUACUCUUAGCUGGUGGGUCUUUGUGAAUAUUACUUAUGUACAACACAGGGAAUGUUAAUAUUGCCAUGGAAUUUGGGGUGGGGGCUAGUAUAUUUUUACAGAUAAAAUAGCUGUUCAAAGUUGUUGUUUUUUAAGGUUAAACUAAAAAAAACACUCAAAUCAGUGUACAAUCUGUAUUGCACUUUUUCACAUUUUAAUGCUACAUUUUCUUACAUAUUCUGUGAUUUUGAAUUUGGAACAUGGUGUAUCUUGUAGUGUUGUAGUUAGGCUGUUAAAUGGCAGCUUCCUUCAGAAGGAUUUGGGAAAAAACAAAACAACCCAGUACAUGGUUUUAUGAUUCUGAUGUAGGAGAAUUUUGAGGACUGCUGUAGAAUUCUACCUUUCUGUACAAUUUUUUUUCUUUUCUGUAGUAUUUGCUGUAUACUCUAUGGCUUUUUUAAUAACUUCAUGUU